AAAGCUGAGGAUUGGACCUAUCCCAUGAGGAGAGAGAUGCAGGAAAUCUUACCUGGGCUAUUUUUAGGCCCAUAUUCUUCAGCUAUGAAAAGCAAGCUACCUAUACUUCAGAAACAUGGAAUAACCCAUGUAAUAUGCAUACGGCAAAACAUUGAAGCAAAUUUUAUUAAACCAAACUUCCAGCAGUUAUUUAGGUAUUUAGUCUUGGACAUUGCAGAUAAUCCGGUGGAGAAUAUAAUACGAUUUUUCCCUAUGACUAAAGAAUUUAUUGACGGAAGUUUACAAAGUGGAGGAAAAGUUCUUGUCCAUGGAAAUGCAGGGAUUUCUAGAAGUGCUGCCUUAGUUAUUGCGUACAUAAUGGAAACAUUUGGGGUGAAGUACAGGGACGCAUUUACUUAUGUUCAAGAAAGAAGAUUCUGUAUUAAUCCUAAUGCUGGAUUUGUCCAUCAACUUCAGGAAUAUGAAGCCAUCUAUCUAGCAAAAUUAACCAUCCAGAUGAUGUCACCACUGCAGCUGGAGAGAUCCCUCUCAGUUCCACCAGGUACUACAGCAGGAAGUUUAAAGCGAGUGCAUGAAGAGGACGAAGAACUUGGAACCAUGCAAGUGGCAGCAGCACAGAAUGGAUGA